CAGCAUCACGCUGCACCAUGCUCCCCAGCAGCCAGUGAAAGCAUCGGAUUCUGCAAGCUCUGUCUAUGCACUCCCAGCACUCCCUGUGACACAGACAUCUUUACAGCACAACAUCCUCUUCUAUCAAUCUUAUUAUUCUCCAUUUUAUUUUCCUGCCUUGAUCUCCCCCAGAAGUCACUUGGCCACCUUUAAUUCUUGCUUCUUCCUGUCUCCCCCCCACCCCAUCUAGUGGGGAUGUGGUCCAAAACAGCUACAUAAGAAUCAGUGUGUGGAGGAGGCGCAGCCUUGGGACUGGCUUGUUGCAGAACAGGCACGGAAUGGUAUUUAUGAGCCGACAUUUCUUGUACAACUGCAGUGAACCUACCCUGGAUGUGAAGAUUGCCUUUUGUCAGGUGUGUGUUCCUUACAGGUAAAACAAGGGAUUUAAUAAUCAAGUGGAUGUGUCAUAUAUUGCCAAACAUUACAACAUGAGUAAAAGCAAGGUUGACAACCAGUUCUACAGCGUGGAAGUAGGAGACUCGACCUUCACAGUUCUUAAACGCUACCAGAAUCUCAAGCCUAUAGGCUCUGGGGCUCAGGGAAUAGUUUGUGCUGCCUACGAUGCCGUUCUUGAUAGAAAUGUGGCUAUUAAGAAGCUCAGCAGACCAUUUCAGAAUCAGACACAUGCCAAGCGGGCAUAUCGAGAGCUCGUCCUAAUGAAGUGUGUAAAUCAUAAAAAUAUUAUCAGUUUAUUAAAUGUCUUCACACCACAGAAGUCUCUGGAGGAGUUUCAGGAUGUUUACCUAGUAAUGGAAUUGAUGGAUGCCAACUUGUGCCAGGUGAUUCAGAUGGAGUUAGAUCACGAGCGAAUGUCUUAUCUUCUGUACCAAAUGUUAUGUGGCAUUAAGCACCUUCACUCUGCUGGAAUUAUCCACAGGGACUUGAAGCCUAGUAACAUUGUAGUGAAGUCUGACUGCACGUUGAAAAUCCUGGACUUUGGAUUGGCACGGACUGCGGGAACUAGCUUCAUGAUGACUCCUUAUGUAGUAACACGGUAUUACAGAGCACCAGAAGUCAUCCUUGGAAUGGGGUACAAGGAGAAUGUGGAUAUAUGGUCAGUGGGAUGCAUUAUGGGAGAAAUGGUCCGUCACAAGAUCCUCUUUCCAGGAAGGGACUAUAUUGACCAAUGGAAUAAGGUUAUAGAGCAGCUUGGAACACCUUGUCCAGAAUUCAUGAAGAAGCUUCAACCUACAGUUCGAAACUAUGUGGAGAACAGACCUAAAUACGCCGGCCUCACUUUCCCCAAGCUUUUUCCCGAUUCUUUAUUCCCAGCAGAUUCUGAGCAUAAUAAACUCAAAGCCAGUCAAGCUAGAGAUCUUUUAUCGAAGAUGCUUGUCAUUGAUCCAGCCAAAAGAAUAUCAGUGGAUGAAGCUCUUCAGCAUCCCUAUAUAAACGUCUGGUAUGACCCGGCUGAGGUUGAAGCGCCUCAGGACCCAAUGAGGGAGAGAUGGAAUGGACAGCCAGUCAAAACACAGAAUAAUGAAAAGCCACCUCCUCAGAUAUAUGACAAACAACUGGAUGAAAGAGAACAUACCAUAGAUGAAUGGAAAGAGCUCAUCUACAAAGAAGUCAUGAACUUUGAAGAGAAGACUAAAAAUGGCGUAGUAAAAGGUCAACCCUCUCCUUCAGGUGCAGCAGUGAACAGCAGUGAGAGUCUCCCACCGUCCUCGUCUGUCAACGAUAUCUCCUCCAUGUCCACCGACCAGACUUUGGCAUCCGACACUGACAGCAGCCUAGAAGCUUCUGCUGGACCCCUUGGUUGUUGCAGGUGACUAGCCGCCUGCCUGCGAAACCCUACCUUCUUCAGAAGAUAAUUCGAUUGGAAAAAAAUAAAAUAAAAUGAGUAUAUAGAUAUUUGCUAAGAAGUGAAAGAAAGCUCAAAUCCCCCUUUAGCUUGCCUCUCUUAAAGAGUAAUGUCAUGCAGCUAAGCUCAAGUGUAUAUUUAACUUAUAGUUGCUCUGCUUUGGUCUUUUUCCUCUGAUUAUGCUUACUGCAAGAAACAAGCACACAAAAAAAAGGUUAUUUCACAAAUCUCGUUGCAUACAUUAUAAGAUUAAUGGCUGUUGAAACCAGCAAAUUCAGACUUUUUUUCCCCAUUUUGACACGGUGUGAAGUAGCCAUUGAGAUGUACGCGUUUCCUUGUGGGCGAUUGCGUGUACUGUAUUUUACUAUCAAACUGACUUGUUUGUUUGAUGAUACAUCUUUCCCUAUAGAGGGAUGUAGAUAAACAUACACAUGUACAUUGGAUGUAUACAUGCAAGCAUAUAUGUAUAUUAUUAAAACCACAACUGUACAGUAGACUUGCUACAUAGAACAGUUAUAUAUAGUAAUAAGGGACCUGUUUUGUGUUAGAUACAUACAUACCGCUGUAAUAUAAUGCUAGUAAGUUGUUAAGUUCAUACAUUUGUCAAAUUGUGAUAAAAAAAGAGUUUUUAUCAAAGACAAUAUUGAAGAGCUGUUCUGGAAUCGUUACUAGCGGAAGCAUGAUAACUUAGGAAUAUCAAAGUCAUACAGUAAACAAAAUCUACACCAACUCUCAAUACAGUUCUUCACGGCAACAUCUGUCUAAUAGCUAUUUAUUUUUUUACAUGCACAAUACUUUUUUUAUUUCAGACCAGAUGUGCUGUUUUAAACCAGCAGUUGAAAGAAAUGAAACCUGUGCACAACUGUAUAUUUUAAUUUUUUUUUUCAGUUAUUUAGGGCAUUGUGAUAAUCUUAGAAACAUAUUUGGGGCAAGAUAGAAUUCUUCUUAUUUUUUCUUUGUGUUUCUUUUUUGUUCUACAAGUUGUGCCUGACCCCACGCAUUUUACACUAAGCUGAGAAUCUUUCGGUUCUAUGACACACAACAAGACAUCAAGACACAUUGAGUAGUUCUUGUUUAUUUGUAAAUUAUAAGCCAUUUUAUGAAACUUUAUGUUAUAAGGGCUUUUAAGAAACUAGACAAGUCGUUUUUAGGGGUGAGAUAUUCAGAAGGAAUAUAUUGUUCGGGUAUGAAUAACAGUAAGCAUGUAUUGCGAGACAAAAUAAUUUCUCACACUUUAACUUGUGUAUCAUGCAUCAGGGAUGAAUUUUAUCAUUGUGUUUUACGUUUCAACCCUCAGGACUAGCAGUUGGGAGUGUUAUUCUUUUCACUGACUUGUCAUAUUUUUUAUUUUUGUCACUUUUGAGUGAGUGAUUAGAUACCCACAUUGUAAAAAUCAGCUGGCAUAUUCUAUCUGACUAAUUGGCAUGGUGAGUCAGAGAGUAUUGUUUAAAAUACUACACAAUACACAAAUGCAGGUCUUUAUUACCUGCAUACAGCGCCAUGGUUUAUGUUUGCUGCAAGAAAUAAGUGGAUGGGAUUUUGGUCUUACUUCUUUCUUCCAAACUUUGUCACACAAAUAUUAGUCGUUUUUUUUUAUUUUAUUUGUCAGAGAGGAUUGGUUCUGUUUAAUUUGUGCCUAGGUACACCAAUCUGGCCCUGUGCAAAUGCACUACCUGUUCUUCAUCUGAAUGUUAUCAUUAGAUGUCAUUUUGAUCAGUGUAGUCAAAGAGAGAGUUUUGCUUUUUCUAUCAUACUUUAUAGCGAUGUUAUUCAGUUGGAAUCCUGCAUGUGGCCAUCACAGUUUUCUGUACAAGACUUGUCGUUACGUAACUGAUUACGUAAUUGAUAUAACUGAUAUAAUACUAUGCAGGUGAACAACACUGCUUUGGCAACUCCAGAUGUUGUGAAAAUACUUCCCAUAAUCCCUUGCAAGCUGUAGCUAUGGGUCACGGAGCUGUGGAGAUUUGCCGACCUAGGCUCAACGCCAAUGCGUGAUGGAUAAACUGUGAAAUUAAUCUCACUAGCUGAUUGGUUUUACAAUACAAACACAGGAACAAACAACCUAACAUUACAUCUUGCCUUCUCAGAACACAUCAAAGUACUAUGAAUACUUGAUACAAAUGGCCGAACAAAUUGAUGUGAGCUUGUUGCUGAAAUUGCUAGUUAGUAUGUACAUAAUAAUGAAGUCAACUUAAAAAUUGUAGACACAUAGACAAUCCAGAAAGUUUAAAACAAUCCAUAAUAAUCAACAAUUCAUAACAUAAGUCAUUGACAGCUCAUUGGCUUUACACCUGUCUUUACACCACUCAAUAACAGGCACAAUUAGACAGUGUCUAAUCUCUGUGCUAAGAAGCACAUGCUCAUGAGUUAUCUAUAUGGAUGCAUUGCGAAAUACUGUAGAAAAGAGUACAUGCUAAAUACUGCGUGGAUUCUGACUACAGUGUGACAUUUCUACACAGUGGGGAAUUAUUUAUCUGUUCCGUGUUCUUGAUUAAUUUUUAUAUCGUACAAACAUAAGAAAUUGCUACUGCAUGUGUUUUAUUUCUCCUGUAUGAAAUAGCUUGAGGUAACAGUUCAGUAAGGUAAAACAACAUUAGCAGAAAAAAAGCAAUAUUAUAAAGCAAUGUGACAAGAGAAUCUUUGUACUAAUAUAUUGUACAAUAUUGUUUUAUUUUUUUUUCUUUCAAGUUAAAGUAAAUAGUUUGAAAUUAAAAACGUCAUAACACGAAAGGGUUCUAUUAGAUCUAAAAAUCUUACUAUGAAAUAUUUGGAUUGUAGUACAUUUGGACUCAUGUUGCACCAGCAUACAAACAAGAAGAGCAGGAAUUUGUGAAUUUGACUGAUGUUUACACACACAUUGUACCACAACAACGCAUGUUGCUCAUUAUUCCUACAAUGUCCCUUAUGUAUUUUAUGUGCGGCAAUGUGUGGUGCUGUACGCAUGCAUACGCAGUGCAUAUACACUGCAAGGCUUAUUCUAAGAUACAUGCUGUGUAUAUUUUAUUUUAGGAAAAUAACUAACUUUAUAAUUAACUAAUUGGUCGUGCGAAAAUUUCACCGGCUUUCAGCUUUCCAGGAAAAUGUAUAAAAAAAAGUGUUUUGUAAAAUUAAGGGAUGACCAUCUUCAAGUACAAACUUGGGCCAGUAUUUGCGUAACAGAGAACCAUUGUCUAGCUAGGAACCAUUGUCUGGUGGCAGGUGUUGCCAUCCGACUUCCCUAUUGCUCACCCCAUCCAUUUGUCACUAUGAGUAUUGCAGUGGGAGGGUGCUGAAUUUUGUUGUAAAAUGUGAGAUUCUAAAAAAAGAAUGUAUCAUUGGUUUAAUGUGCAUUAUGUUUGUAUAGUGUAAGGACUUAUAAAGUGCCUCUAGGGCAGCAUUCACUUGAAAUCUUUAAAUUUCAUGUAUUGUUUCCUACUGAUUUAAGUAAUGUCUUAGAUUGCUGGUAACGUUAGAAUUAGAGAGAAAAUAAUGAACUGUAAAGUAGCAGUAUCUUUUUUUUAUUGUUAAAAAUGCCACAUGCAGAGGCCAUGAACAUCCGUAGUCUCAUUAGUCUCUUGCUGUUCAUGUUCUAUUUUAUAUAUAGGACAGUUUAAUACACAAACACUCUUUAAAGGAAAACUGUCACUUAUUUUAGAUCACUUUUCAUUCUGAUACUUUGUUUUCUUUUAAAUGUAUAUUAAAUAUAAAAAAAAAAAACACUAUAGUGUCAGGAAUACAAACAUGUAUUCCUGACACUAUAGUGUUUACCUAACUGUUUAUGUCCCCAGCCCCCUUAGAUCACAUGGGAAAGGUGUUUACUAUUUUGUUUUCC